AUGAGUCGGUGGUCCAUUGACGCCUUGGACGAGCGCUUCCGGCACGUGCCUUUCAAGGUCGCCAAGGAUGACAAUGGAAAGAAGCUGCGGAUGAAGUUCAAGUACUUUGCAGACUAUGUGAGACAUCAGCGCGACGACAAUCCGCUGUACCUCUUUGAGACCGACAUGGACGACAACGCGCACAUCAGGCCAUUGAUGGACGACUACCAGGUGCCGGAUCUCUUCCCGCACGACUGGUUCUCCUUGGUCAACACCGAUGCCAGGCCGCCCUUCCGUUGGUUUUGCAUCGGCCCCAAGCGCUCGGGCACCACCGUCCACACGGAUCCCCUGGGCACUGCGGCCUGGAACGCCGUGACGCACGGGGUGAAGCGCUGGGUUCUGUUUGAGCCGCACGAGACCAAGAAGCGGGUGAAGGGGAAGGAUUUGCUGCGCAGUGGAGAGGAUGACGAGGCCAUCAUGUACUUCGACUACAUCUUACCACGAAUCAAGCAAGCCUAUCCGGACCUGAAGAUCUAUGAGGGUCUUCAAAAACCUGGUGAGGUGAUCUUCGUCCCAGGAGAUUGGUGGCACGGAGUUCUGAACCUCGAGGACACGGUGGCCGUGACUCAGAAUUACUGCGGACCCGAUAACUUUGACUUGGUUUGGACCAAGACCCGUCGGGAGCGCGAGAAGAUUGCAUGGCUGUGGCUCCGAAACAUGAGGAGAUAUUCGCCCUUAUAUGAAAGGGCGAUGGAGUUGAACAAGAGAGACAACUUCAAGAUGAGGCAUGAACGCCCUGCAGGAGAACGGCUGUCGGAUGCCAGCUCCAGCAGCAGCGAGAGCAGUAGCGAUUCCUCCAGUGAUGAAGCGGAGGACUUGGACCCCGUGGGGCUGGAGGCGGCUGUGCCCGAGGCCUCACAGACGUUGGGUGCGGUGCGCUUUCAACAUCAGGGCGCCCACGCGGUGCAUCGCCCCGUGACGGCAGCCCGGAACUCGAUGAUCCCUGGACCAGGAGCCUUCCUCAGUAAGCGUCGACGAAUUGAGGAGGACAUGCCGAAAGCAUGA